AUGGGGAAAAAAUCCAAAAAAGAUGACAAGCCUGUAGCAGACGAUGCGUUUGAAACAAUCAUUGUUGAAAGUCGGCAGGCAGCCACCGUAGUGUUGAUGCUGUCAAGCCCAGAAGAAGAUGUCCAAUCAAAGGCUUGCGAAGCCCUUUAUAAAUUUGUGGAAAAAUGUGAUGCCAACAAGAAGAUCCUUCUUGAGCUAGAAGGACUUAAUCCAUUGUUACAUUUGAUAACCAGUGAAGAUAAAACUGUCAGACGGCAUGCAAUCAUGGCUGUUGGGGUCAUGUGUGUUCACCCUGAUGUCCGCAAGUUUAUGAGGAAGAAACCAUCAGCAAUUCCAUCCAUUGUUUCUCUGUUGAGCCAAGAAGAAGACGCAGUAGUCCAUGAGUUUGCAGCCUUGGCUCUGUCAUUACUGGCUACAGAAUUUACUAGUAAAGUCGCCAUUUUUGAGGCUGGGGGUGUGGAGCCCUUGAUCAAACUGUUGAGUUCCAACGACCCUGAUGUGCAGAAGAACACCAUAGAAACUAUUGCACAGCUUGUUAUGGAUUACAAAACCAGGGCUGUUGUUCGUGAAUUUGAUGGCUUGAAUGCUGUUCUUGACCUGAUCAAGUCAGAAUACGCCAUCAUUCAGAGAUUAGCUUUACUGGCUUUGGAGAGACUUACACAAGAUGCUGAUAACCGACGGGUGUUACGAGAGAUAGAUGCAAUUUCCAGACUGUUGGAAGUUCUAGCUCAGCCGAUCCUGAAUGAUCUACAUGUCAUGGUGGUGAUGGUGCUGUCAAAUUUACUCGAGGACAAAGAAAGUUUGGAGCUGAUAAGAGAUACUGGAGCACUGAAACAGUUUGUGGCACUGAUAACUGACACAGCAAACCCAGAGGAUGAAUCAAAGAAAGGAGACAAAAAAUCGAGUUCUAGGGCUGGCAAGAAAGGCGGUAAAGAUGGCAAAGGUAGAAAGGACGAUGAUUUUAAAGAGGAUCUACCUGGCGCUGGUGAAUCUAUCAUCCCCACUUUACCUGAUGUCAAAAUGUGUGCAGCCAGAGCCAUUGCCAGAUCGGCAAGAAAUGCUGCAAAUCGCAAGUUGUUGCAUGAACAGGAAGCAGAAAAAAUGUUGAUACAUUUGCUCCAUGUUGAUGUUGCGGAUGUGCAAGCGUCUGCUGCCCUUGCAUUAGCCAUAAUCAGUGAGAAUUUUACUGCUAGAGACUCCAUCAGACAGUGGGGUGGCCUCUCCCCCCUUCUGAAACUCCUCAGGUCAGACAAUGGAGAAGUCAAGGAAUCUGCAGCAUUAGCUUUGGCUAACUUAACAACAGGGAACUCUCUGAACUGUCUUGAGGUGAGAAACAUGGGAGGCAUUGAAACCCUUAUCUCGAGUCUCCAUGAAGUUAGGGAAGAAAUUGUGGCCAGUGCAGCUUGUGCUUUGACGAAUUUAGCUCAGGAUGAGACACUUCGCUCUGAGGCACUUGCUCAGGGUGUUGUAACAGCUCUUAUAGAACCUCUACAAUCACAUAAUGCCAAUGUGCAGAGCAAGGCAGCCUUGGCAGUGUCUGCAUUUACAUGUGAUGCUGUGUCAAGGAAAGAACUCAGGGAGUCUGGAGGCCUGGAACCUCUAGUUCUGCUGCUGCAUUCUGGAAGUGAUGAAGUUCGAAGGAAUGCAGCCUGGGCAAUCACUGUUUGUGCAGUAGAUGAACCCACGGCAAUGGAAAUCUGCAAGCUGGGAGGUCUGAGUAUUCUACAAGAGAUCCAGACAUCAUCAUCUAGAAACAGUCCCUUCACAGAAGCUGCUCUGCAGAGACUUCUAGACAGUAACUUGUCUGCCAAAUUUUCACUUUACAAUUAUUUAGGACCCAGCAAUCUGAUAGAAGAUGGAUUCUUUGACUGUGGGAAGCUAAAACAAGGGACAGCAUUCAAAACACUGGAAGAGUACUGUGCCCAGGAGAUGAAUGAUAAGAGGCCUAUUAUUCUUGUGAAUGCUCAAGCUGGAGAGGAGACAGAGAGCAUCCAUGAGAUCAGUAAAUCAGACAGUGUUGAUUCCAAAGCAGAAUCUAUAAAAUCACAGAGGGAACACAGGGAAUCACUGACAAAGCCCAAACUUAAAGAAACAAAAGU